UCACUUUCUUUUCUCCGCCACCACACAAACAUAUUCUUCUUCUUCUUCCUCGCAAUUUCAUAUUUCUUACGCUAGUCUUCAAUUCUAUAUAUACAAACAUUUCAUUCGACCUCUAUUCAUUGCCUCCUAAUCCCCGGUUUCUCCAAAGUAUUGGCUUUUCUUCCUAAUUCCACCCAAUUCUGCUUCUGGGUUCUUCGUAUUCAUCUUUAAUUUUUGUAUUUUCCCUCCGAACGUUUCAGGGAUUAUACAAAUUUUCAUUCAUUUGAUAAAUUUUCCCAAACCAAUCUCGAAUUAUCUACAAAUUUGAUUUCUUUUUCACCAAAUUCUCCCCUGUAAUCUUCUUCAAUUUUGGAUUUUUCCUCCCAAUUCCGCCAUUUUAUCCUAAAUUCAUUUGAUUCUAUCGAAUUUGGAAGAGGGGUAUCAAUGGCGCUCGCGUACGAUCCUCUCUUCAUCACAUCGGAAAAAUCCGCCAUGGAAGCACCCUCACCGCCGCCGAUGAUCUUAACCCAAGACGAGCUCAAACGAAUCGCCGCUUUCAAAGCCGUCGAGUUCGUCGAAUCCGGCAUGGUCCUCGGACUCGGCACCGGCUCCACCGCCAAACACGCCGUCGACCGAAUCGGCGAGCUUCUCCGGCAAGGAAAACUUGAGAACAUCGUCGGAAUCCCAACGUCGAAGAAAACGCAGGAGCAGGCUCUCUCCGUCGGAAUCCCUCUCUCCGACCUCGACGCGCAUCCCGUCAUCGACCUCUCCAUCGACGGCGCCGACGAGGUCGACCCUUUUCUCAACCUCGUCAAAGGACGAGGAGGGUCUCUGCUCCGUGAGAAGAUGAUCGAAGGAGCUUCCAAGAAGUUCGUGGUGAUCGUCGACGAGUCGAAGAUGGUGAAGCAUAUCGGUGGGAGCAAGCUUGCUCUUCCGGUGGAGAUUGUUCCCUUUUGCUGGAAAUUCACGGCGGAGAAGCUGAGGAAGCUUCUGGAGGGAUACGGCUGCGAAGCGAAUCUCCGGUUGGGAGAGAAAGGGAAGCCCUUUGUGACGGAUAAUGGGAAUUACAUUGUGGAUAUGUAUUUGGACAAGGAUAUGGGAGAUUUGAAGGUAGUGAGUGAUGAGAUUUUGAGGCUUCCUGGAGUUGUGGAGCAUGGUAUGUUUCUGGAUAUGGCUUCCACUGUUAUCAUUGCAGGUGAGCUUGGUGUCAAGAUCAAGAACAAGCAGGCGUUUUGAUUUUGUUUCGUUCUUGUUUUUUGGGUUUUUGUCGUUUUUUGGGGUGUUUAGGACAAGGAGGAUUGUGGUUGUAUGGAAGAAGAAGAAGAAGAAGAAACUGAUCUAGAUCAUAAUAGAUAUAGGUUCGGAUGAUUUGUUAUGAUGUCACUGUGAGGAGAUUUGACUUUUCACAGAGUUUUGGUUGCUUUGAUCAUAUUUCUUAGUUCUUUGCCUUCUUGAAUGCUUCUUUCUUAGUAUUGGGCCUGUACGUUCUUAUAUGUUGGGCUUUGCUUCGGUUCGGUUAAUUCUCAUACAAGUUCGAUAUUGGUAGGCUCACUACUAGUCUACUACACAUAUUCUCUCAAUCAAAUUUCUUGACUGGAUUCGAGUUUCAAA